AGAGAGAGAGAGAGAGAGAUUCUACAGGAGCGAAGGAAGACCUUCCCUAACCCUUAGACAGAAAACCCAUAAUGUAAUCUAACCCCCACCCCCUUUCGUCUGAUUGGUGAGGCUGCUAUUGUGCACUAAUUCAGUCUAUCACAACUCCACUGAGCUUCCAUUUGAAACAAGAGAUAGGCGGACAGUUACCUCCCUUUGGCUGACUUAUAAUAGGCAGGGAGGAAAGGUUAGGGUGCCUGAUAUUUCGUGGUGAAGUGCAGAGUCAGAGAUGUGCAAAUAAGAGAGACAAAGUGAACUGACUUUCUUUCUGGAAGGUGAACUGCUGUUCAUGGAUUUAUAACCACAAGUCAAGCUUGCUAACUUUUUUUCUGCUCUAUGGGUAAUGGAAUUUUAACCAUGUGGCAGAUAGCUGAUCAGCUUCCCUGGAUUUCGCUGACGACACCGCUUUGUUUCGCCUGAAGAUGGAAACACUGGAGUCGGAGCUGACCUGCCCUAUCUGUCUGGAGCUCUUCGAAGAUCCACUGCUGCUGCCUUGCGCUCACAGCCUCUGUUUCAGCUGUGCACAUCGUAUCCUGGUCUCCCACUGCACAUCCAACGAGCCUGUGGAAUCUAUUACCGCAUUCCAGUGCCCUACUUGUCGUUAUGUCAUCACCCUCAACCAGAGAGGCUUAGAGGGACUCAAACGCAACGUCACCCUGCAGAACAUUAUUGACCGCUUUCAGAAAGCUUCAGUGAGCGGGCCCAACUCCCCAAGCGAGACCCGUCGAGAGCGUGCCUUCGACAGCAACGCCAUGACCACAUCCAGUGAGAAAGUGCAGUGUCAGUUCUGCGACCAAGACCCACCACAGGACGCUGUCAAGACCUGUGUCACCUGUGAGGUCUCCUACUGUGAGGACUGCCUGAAAGCCACCCACCCCAACAAGAAGCCCUUCACGGGCCACCGCCUCAUUGAGCCAAUCCCAGACUCACACCUGCGAGGGCUUAUGUGCUUGGAGCACGAGGACGAGAAAGUGAACAUGUACUGUGUGACGGACGAACAGUUAAUCUGUUCUUUGUGCAAGCUUGUGGGGCGGCACAGGGAUCAUCAGGUGGCAGCCCUGAGCGAACGGUAUGAAAAACUAAAGCAAGGUUUAGACACAAACCUUAGCAACCUAAUCAAGAGGAACAAUGAACUGGAAACUCUAAUGGGUAAACUCAUUCAGACAUGCCAGCAUGUAGAGGUAAAUGCAUCAAGACAAGAGUCCAAACUAAUUGAAGAAUGCGAUCAGCUGAUUGACAUCAUUCAGCAAAGGAGACAAAUUAUUGGAACAAAAAUCAAAGAAGGGAAGGUGGUGAGAUUGCGUAAACUGGCCCAGCAGAUUGGUAACUGCAAGCAAUGCAUUGAUAAAUCCUCGUCCCUCAUCACCCAGGCUGAACAAACACUCAAGGAAAAUGAUCAUGCUCGGUUCCUGCAGACAGCUAAAAAUAUCACUGAAAGAGUUUCCAUGGCGACAGCAUCUUCCCAGGUCCUGAUACCACAAAUCAGCUUAAAUGACACGUUCGACACAUUUGCAUUAGACUUUUCUAGGGAAAAGAAAAUGCUAGAAAGCCUUGACUAUCUCACCGCUCCAAAUCCCCCCGGAAUUCGUGAAGAGCUGUGUACAGCGUCGCAUGAUACUAUCACUGUCCACUGGACAUCGGAUGAUGAAUUCAGCAUUGUCUCCUAUGAACUUCAGUAUGCUAUCUUCACAGGACAGGCCAAUGUAGUUAGUUUAUGUAACUCCGCUGACAGCUGGAUGAUUGUUCCCAAUAUUAAACAGAACCACUACACUGUGCACGGACUGCAGAGCGGCACCAAGUACAUCUUCAUCGUCAAGGCGAUAAAUCAGGCUGGCAGCCGGAGCAGUGAGCCUGGCAAGCUCAAGACAAACAGUCAGCCUUUCAAGUUGGACCCGAAAUCUGCCCAUCGCAAGUUAAAGGUGUCCCAUGACAAUCUAACUGUUGAACGUGACGAGACUUCUUCAAAGAAGAGUCACACGCAAGAGCGUUUCACCAGUCAGGGGAGCUAUGGCGUGACAGGCAAUGUGUACAUUGACAGCGGGCGCCACUAUUGGGAGUCCCUUAUUGGAGGAAGCACAUGGUAUGCAGUUGGAAUCUCCUACAAGUCAGCUCCCAAGCAUGAGUGGAUUGGUAAAAAUUCAGCUUCGUGGGUCUUGUGUCGCUGUAACAACUCCUGGGUGGUGAGACACAACAGCAAGGAGUUACCCAUCGAGCCCUCCCCUCACCUGCGGCGUGUUGGAGUUUUGCUAGACUACGACAAUGGCUUUCUGGCCUUCUACGAUGCCGUGAGCUCUCAACACCUUUACACGUUUGACAUUUCAUUUGCACAGCCCGUGUGCCCUGUAUUUAAUGUGUGGAACAAGUGUUUAACAGUUUUAACAGGGCUUCCCAUACCGGACCAUUUGGAUUGCACUGAGCUGCAGCCGUGAUCGUCAUGGCAGCAAGGACUCUCAGUGUAUCCCUGAACAGUCCAGUCAGAACUGUAAGUGCGGACGUUCCCUGCACUUCACUGUAUAAAUGUAUAAGCCAUGGCUUUAAGUUGUCCUGUACUUUGUACUUAUUCUCUAACAGUGAAAACAAAUGAUACAUUAUUUAUGAAAAAAAUAAUAAUUUGACUAAAAAAAGUAGAAUUGAUUUUGCUUUGCACAUUAUUGUUUACUAUUAUAUUUAUGCUUAGUUGGUUUAUUUUGGGAGAUUUUAAAGAGGGACUAAAAUAACAAAGUCCUUUUAAACAACUUUUUUUUUUCAAUCCAGGGGGUGCUUUUAUUUGGGUCUUCAAACAUGGAUGAACAGAACUGAAGUGUUGGCUAUAAUUUUAGGUGUUUCUGUUCUGCCUUUGUAACCAGCAUGCCGAUAUAAUAAGCCUUGAGGAGUGUAGUCUAACCAACAAUUACUUAUAACAGUAUAUAUGGAUGACUUAGUCAAAAGUGCAUUCAUGUUGAUAACUGUUGUAAUGCUUUCAGUCCUGUUUAUCCUUUCACAAAGGGAAAAGACCUUCCCAUUGUUUUAACUGGCAGGAUCUUUUAUCAUACUUUUUUUUUUUAAUAAAUGAAAACAAGAUGAAAAUACUACCAUACAUUUUUUUUUUUUACCACUUUGAGUUAUUAUUUUUAAGCAUUUUUAUCAGAUCAAUAAAAUCUCUUAAUAAUGGCUUGCAAGGCAGGGUGUUCAUUGCUACGCUACCUUUCAUUCUGCACCCAAGACUGAGAACAAUGUCAUGGACUGGAAUACACAUGCAGGAAGAAAGCUGGCAAGUAAGAGGACAUUUCAAAGGUGGAAAGUGCUAUUAAAAGUCACCCAGACACACAAUGGAUUCAAAUUAUUAUUUAACUGUCUGAACUGAGAUGACUUUCACCAGCGUAUCUUCCACUUCAAGGAGAAAACUGAAAGAAUGCUUUUCCUGAAUAAUCUGCAUUUUAUUCAUGGGAGCCAAGUCUCCCCCUUCUCUGCUAUGAAUUGUUAAUCACUUUUCAGUAAAUAAACCCAAGUGCUGGUUACAGAUUGUCUGUCUGCUAUAAAGACUUGCAUCAUUUUCAAUCAGUACUGGAGCAUUGGAGUACACUCUUGAGGGUUCAGUGCUCACUUCUGGUCAUACUGCAGAUAAACUGCUGCUUGCCGGUCUGUUUGUUUUAGGGGUUAUUUGUAUUUGUAUUUUUUUUUGUUUUUUUGCUGUACCAUAUUCAGUGUCAGUUUCUUGGAUUAAAAAAAAAGUUUGAAAA